CGAGGAACCACAGGGUGGCACAUUAAAGUUGUGUACUAAGGAGCUAACGCAUGCGACUGAAACAUGUAAACUAAAGGCGGAUUUUCUUGAUGUUGGCCUACAGGAUUUAGGCAAUAUCUACAGAAAUGGGGAAGCGAGAUAACAGAGUGUCUUACGUAAACCCGAUAGCUGCUGCCAGAGCCCGAGGACCUGCACCCAGCUCAGGUCCCACCAUUCAGGAUUAUCUCAGCAGACCAAGACCAUCAUGGGAGGAGGUAAAAGAACAGCUGGAAAAGAAAAAGAAGGGCUCCAGAGCCCUAGCUGAUUUUGAGGACAAAAUGAAUGAGCGGUGGAAGAAGGAAUUGGAGAAAAACAGAGAGAAAGUACUGGGUGGAGCUGACAAGAAAGAAAAAGAGAAAGAAAAGGAGAAGGACAAGAAAGAAAAAGAGAAAGAAAAGGAGAAGGACAAGAAAGAGGAAAAAAAAAGAAGGAGAGAAAAAAGACCAACAGGUUCCUCCUCAGAAUCUGAAGAUAAUGCAAGUCAUUAUGAUGAGAAGAAAACCAUGAAAAAGAAGAAAAAGAGGAGAAAAUCAUCCAGGAAACCAUCUGAUGAGUUUGAAUCGGAGUCAGAAACUGAUAGCAGGGAGUCAUCCAAGAAAAAGAGGAAGAAACUCAGGGAGGAUGGAGAGAAAGAUAAGGAUGAAAAACACAGUGGAAGAAAGAGGAAAGCUGAGAGGAGUCACUCUGUGUCCUCCAAUGAACCCUCAGAUAUAGACAGAGAUGCUGAGUCCAAAAAGAAGAAACUCUGUAGUGAAGAAAAGGAGAAAAUUACAGACAAAUUCAAGAAGAAAAAGAAAAAGAAGCAUAAGAAGCACAGCAAAAAGAAAAAGAAGACUUCUGGAUCUGAGUUGGACUAAAGGGCUUGUGUGGGAUUCUCCACACCAGGCAGCUGGAAUACUGAGUGGGAAUUGAGACGGAAUUCUUGCCAGACUGUGUGGGAAAACCCAUUAGAUAUAUGUACAAGUGACUCUUAAAGCGUGUGCUUCUUAGCACCGUGUGGCCAACCUGGAUGAGAGGAUUAUGUGGAGGGCGAGUUGUGGGGGAGUUUAUUUGUGUGUGUGUGUGUGUGUGUGUGUUUUUUUUUUUUUUUUUUGUUUUUUUUUUGAUGAUUGGAUGAUGAGCAGAUGAUUCUCUGUCCAAAUAAAGGUCAUUUAUACCACUGGUGGCCCUGUGUGGUACAAUAUGCUUGUUCUGAUGUGGAGCUGCAUAAGUACUGGUUUACAGUUUGUGGAGGUUGGCGAUUGGCAUUAAAGAUUUUUAGAAAUUGGUUGCUUCUCAAAAAGCUGACAAAGGUUGUCUGUCUGAUGUCAGACUGCACCAAAGAUGUCUUUAAACAAGCUUUAUUCCUGUUUAUCACCUUUACUUGAAAAAAUUAUAUUAAGUACCCAUUUCUAAAACACAAUGUCUUAAUCAGAACUUGGGGGAAAAUUAAAUCUAAAUUUAUGUUAGACCCAGAAUAUGAAUUCAAGAUUCAAAACAACUUAAUCAAUUGAUAGCAUUUGUGGCAUAAUGAUGAUUCCCACAAAAAUGUAUUUUGGCAUUCUUAAAAAAAAAAAAAAAUUGAGGUUAUAGUGUGGUAUUCAAUGGAAGUGAAUGGGGCCAAUUUUCUGAGGGUUUAAAGGCAGAAAUGUGAAGCUUGAGUAUUUGUACAAACUGACAGCUAGAAUGCCAAGAAUCUGCAAAGCUGUCUUUGCUGCACAUGGAGGAUGAUUUGAUGAGAACUCCUUGAAAUUGGUUAAGUUGUUAUGAAAUUGUAAUAGUACAUUUUCAUGUUAUUAAUUCCCGGACUAUACAUGGUGAUCAGUUGAAUGCCACUUUGAUGAAUAAAAGUACACAUUUCUUU